CUCGUUUUCUUUUUCAUUGAAUUUGUCAAGGCGAAGAAGCAAUGCCAGGUAGCAAAAAGAGAAAACUGGAUAGAGUGGAUUUUCUAGGUGACUAUGUUGUCGCGUUUAAAAAUGGAAUACACACUGAUGUUAUUGUUAAACCUGGUGGCGAUGGGCCUGGAAUUCCCGCUCACAAAGCUGUUUUGGCAGUGAAGUCGAAAGUGUUUAGCUACAUGUUGGACUCUGAUGAAUGCAAAAUUUCAACAGAGAAAUCAAUCACUGUUCCUGACUUGAGUUAUGAAGAACUCAAUGCUCUCCUCAAGUUCUUCUAUACAGGGAUCCUGCGUCCCACCAACAAACACAUUCGAGCGCUCUACAUUGCUGCUUACAAGUAUGACAUACCAUAUCUCCAAGAUCUUUGCAGAGACCAUUUAAUCUCGUCUUUGAGUUUGAUCAACGUUCUCGACGUCCUUGAGCUGUCCACUAUCCCUUCAGACGACAACUUGAGGUAUUAUGCGGCAAGCUUUGUCCUAUUACAUAGGGAAGAAAUCGUCUAUUCCAAGAGAUACAAAUCAUUUGUUCGGCAGAAUCCUGAUCUAAGUUUGUAUAUUACCAAGUCUCUUGUGACUCUUUUGAAAUACCAUCGUGGGAGAUUUGGUGAAAAGUGGAAGAUGUUUCUGCCUAAAUCAUAA